AUGAAUAGCAGAGGACUUGGAUCUCAGCUAAAGGACAGUAUUCCAGUUACUGAACUUUCAGUAAGCAGACCUUUUGAAAGUCAUGAUGUUCUGCGGAAAAAUGUUUCUUAUGUGAAAAAUGAACUAUUACCAAGUCAUUCUCUUGAAUUGUCACAAAAAAAUUUCCAGCUCAACCAUGAUAAAAUGAAUUUUUCCACACCAAGGAACAUCCAGGGUCUCUUUGCUCCUCUAAAAUUACAAAUGGAAUUCAAGGCAGUGCAACAGGUUUAUCAUCUUCCAUUUCCUUCAAGCUCAAACCUUUCAUUGGACAUUUUGACUGGUAAUGAUGAGACUAUUGGAUUCGAAGAUAUUCUCAAUGAUCCAUCACAAAGUGAACUCAUGGGGGAGCCACACUUGAUGGUGGAAUAUAAACUUGGUUUAGUGUGAUACAUGUGCUGUUCAUGAACC